AGGAAGGUGCGCUGCCCCGGGACGGCUCCGCAUGGCAACCCGACGGUCGGCCCACGGGAAUGGCGGGAAUGCCUGCUCCUCCAGCGUCCUCGGAGAUGCCGGUGUACGGAUCCCUCUCUGAAAUGAAGCCUUUUUCUCCUUUGGAAGACUUGGAAAGACAAAGCAGGAGGGACUAUGGCAUCCCCCACCUCCCACACGGAAAAUGACCAUGUGACUUCACGAUGAGGAUGUGCCAGGAUGGAUUUGACAUCUUAGCUGGGAGAAUUCCGCGAAAGAGGCAGGAAAGUUGCUGUUCCCGCGCCGCUCACGGUCUGUUUCUGCUCUACUACUGAGCCGUCCUGGUUUUGCUCCCUUCUGUUGUCCCUUUUUUCUAGUGCUUGACUGGCCCUCCAUUUUUCAGCGUUGCCUGUUUUGUUGCCUUAAAACUGUUGUUGCUGUGGAGUGUCUUCCAUCUCUGCUGUGUAGAGUAGACCAGUGCAAAGAAAAUGUACUCUAUGUCCACUAGCAUCCUACACGUCUGUGAGAAGUUUCAGAAGAACUUUAAAGGAAGUCGGUAAAGAGUGGAAAUAAUGGUUCUGUCCAGACUCAGUAUGAAUGACACUCAAACUGCACCUCUGCUUAAAUGAAGACCGGCUGCAUUUAUACAGGAAGGGACCAAAAAAUGAUGCAAGUGAAUAACUUCCCGUUCAGGAGGCAUUCCUGGAUAUGCUUCGACGUGGACAAUGGCACGUCGUCUGGGAGGAGUCCACUGGACCCUAUGACCAGUCCGGGUUCGGGCCUCGUGCUCCAGGCCAACUUCGUGCACAGCCAGAGGAGGGAGUCCUUCCUCUACCGCUCAGACAGCGACUAUGAUCUGUCGCCCAAGUCCAUGUCCCGGAACUCCUCCAUCGCCAGCGACAUGAAUAACCACGUGCAGAGACCAGGCCUGGUCUCACGCCGCUCUGAGCCUGUUAUUAGUGGAACCCAUGGGGAUGACCUGAUCGUCACACCAUUUGCCCAGGUACUGGCCAGCUUGAGAACAGUGCGAAAUAAUUUUGCAACAUUAACCAACUUGCAGCAAGACAGAACCUCAAAUAAACGGCCCCAGAUGUGUAACCAACCACAGCUCACAAAAGCCUUCACAGAGGAGGCCUACCAGAAGCUGGCCACCGAGACCCUGGAGGAGCUGGACUGGUGCCUGGACCAGCUGGAGACCCUGCAGACCAGGCACUCGGUCAGCGAGAUGGCGUCCAACAAGUUCAAGAGGAUGUUGAACAGGGAGCUGACCCACCUGUCUGAGAUGAGCCGGUCUGGCAACCAGGUCUCCGAGUUCAUCUCCAACACCUUCUUAGACAAACAGCACGACGUGGAGAUGCCGUCCCACACGCAGAAGGAGGAGCGGAAGAAGAAGCCUAUGUCUCAGAUCAGCGGUGUGAAGAAGCUGACACACAGCUCCAGCCUCAGCAACUCCAACAUCCCUCGCUUCGGAGUCAAGACCGACACGGAAGACUCCUUAGCCAAGGAACUGGAAGACGUAAACAAAUGGGGCCUCAACGUUUUUAAAAUCACAGAGUUUUCGGGGAACAGGCCUUUAACGGUGAUGAUGUACACAAUCUUUCAGGAGAGAGACUUGCUCAAGACGUUUAAAAUUCCAUUAGACACUUUUAUAACCUACCUGAUGACCUUAGAAGACCAUUACCAUGGAGACGUGGCAUAUCACAACAACAUCCAUGCUGCUGACGUCACCCAGUCCACCCACGUGCUGCUCUCCACACCUGCUCUGGAGGCCGUAUUCACAGACCUCGAGAUCCUGGCUGCCAUUUUUGCCAGCGCGAUACACGACGUGGACCACCCGGGCGUGUCCAACCAGUUCCUCAUUAACACCAACUCGGAGUUGGCCCUCAUGUACAAUGACUCGUCUGUCUUGGAGAACCAUCACCUGGCCGUGGGUUUUAAGUUGCUGCAGGAGGAGAACUGUGACAUCUUCCAGAACCUCACCAAGAAACAGAGACUGUCCCUGCGCAAGAUGGUUAUUGACAUCGUAUUAGCCACUGAUAUGUCCAAACACAUGAACCUACUCGCUGACCUAAAAACGAUGGUGGAGACCAAGAAAGUGACCAGCUCUGGAGUCCUGCUGUUGGACAACUAUUCAGACAGGAUACAGGUGCUCCAGAACAUGGUGCACUGCGCUGACCUCAGUAACCCCACCAAGCCCCUGCAGCUGUACCGCCAGUGGACGGACCGCAUCAUGGAGGAGUUCUUCAGCCAGGGCGACCGCGAGAGGGAGCGCGGCAUGGAGAUCAGCCCCAUGUGCGACAAGCACAACGCCUCCGUGGAGAAGUCCCAGGUGGGCUUUAUAGACUACAUCGUCCACCCUUUGUGGGAGACGUGGGCGGACCUGGUGCACCCUGACGCGCAGGACAUCCUGGACACGCUGGAGGACAACAGGGAGUGGUACCAGAGCACCAUCCCACAGAGCCCCUCCCCCGCCCCAGAGCAGGCCGACGAGGCCGGCCGGCCCGGCGCCGCCGACAAGUUCCAGUUUGAGCUCACACUGGAGGAGGACGGGGAAUCGGAUACAGAGAAGGACAGCGGCAGCCAGGCCGAGGAGGAGGAAGAGGAGGAAGACGAGGACGACGACAGCUGCAGCAACUCCCAAACGCUCCGUCCACAGGACUCAACAUCCACAGAGGUCCCGCUGGACGAGCACCCGGAGGCCGAGGAAGAGGAGGGGUGUGAACAGGAGUAUCCUGCCGGCACGUAGCAGUGCGGGACCCCCCUCAACGCACACGCAGAGCGAACGUUUAAACUUGCACUCCAAUACCUGCACUCUGGUAGAUCGUCCUUUUUUGCACUCAGGUACCGCGUAACGUUUAGUCCUGCCUCCUCCUCUCAUUCGUUUGCCUUUUUAUUUAUUUUCUUUUUAAAUAUGAGUUCUGAAUUCUGACUUGGUUUGUUUUUUUUUGUUUUUUUUUAACCCCGCGUUUGAGUGCGGAAUGUGGGCGUGUCCCCUCCAGGGGGUGGGAUGCUGCUGGAGGUUCCGCCCACUGCUUUUGUUCCCGCCCCUUCCUGCCGUCCGCUACAUGCGGGCAAACGGAAGAGAGUUCUGGAUGUCAGACACGUGGUGCAAAGCAAUGAGGAACGCAGUGGUCAGCGCACCGGGCGAGGCCGUCGGCAGGACGAUCGGGGAACCCAUGGGAACGUGUUCUUUCAAUUUCAGAGAGACCUCUUUUUGUCUACAGUUGAAGUCUUCCAGAAAGCUGACUGAGCAACAUGCCCACGGCUCAGUGUUGCCGCCUCUUAGAUAUUUUUUCCUUUUCUUUUUUUUUAUGAUGAACACAAAUGGAGAUUUUUACAUAGAUGUUACUUUUUUACAGGAAUCUUUUAAAGAAACCUUCUAGUGAAGAGUAACUUGCAAGUAUGCGUUUGUGAUGGUCGUCCAGUCACACCUUGUCCUGGAGCUUCUCCACAGCUGCAGCUACUUCGUCCAUCAACACUGCUGUGUCCUUUUCACUUUUUGUCCACAUUGCUGUUUCCUGUUUCUUUUCAGAUUAUUUAUAAAUGCUUACACCACCAACGCGCCUCUUAAGAAUCUAGUUCCCCCCAACACAAACUACCCCACGAACACCAUCUAGCGUAGCUGCCGGAUGUUGAGUGAUUUGCAGAUGUAGUUGUGAGGCCAAAGCUUCCUGUCUUCAUUCAGGCCAUUUUUAGAAAACCACCCUUCUGUUUCUACAUGGCUGAGACUCCCAACAUCCGCUUAUUGGUUUAGUUGGCACACGGUCUCUUGCACGGUUUACUCUGGGGUGUGUGAUGUGACCCUCCUGCUCCGGGGCCACUGUGCCCACGCGUGCUAUGCCUGGUCAGAGGACACACCUCCUGUUCUCCCCCACCGCGCCUCCGCUAAACCAGGUGUUACAUCCGCACGAGCUCACCACACACACACACAAACAAAGCGUGGCUGUCAGAAAGCGCUCCACUCUAGUUUUGUGUCCAACUGCACUGCCCAGAUUAAGGCACUAGCUAAAACCGUUGAAUAAUCUCAUUAUAAAUCACAUGUGACCAUUAAAGUAGAUGGUGCAUUGUGUUCAUGGAUGCAGUUCUGUACAGCAUCUUAAUGAAUCACUCUGACUUCAGUACAGUGUGUGUGGGUGAGCGAGACACCCAUGAGGGGUCAGGCAGAGCUUUGGUUUCCUCUUAGGGCUACGCUGAAGACAUGCACCAGCGACUCCACCCAAAUCCACCCUCUCCCCGGAACUGCACUGUAGGCCUGGCUGGACUUCACCAACCCACCUGUCCCUUCUCGAGAUUUCUGUGUGUGUGUGUGUGUGUGUGUGUGUGUGUGUGUGUGUGUGUGUGUAUCGUUUUAUUUAUUGGUUUGAACAUUCAUGUUGCUAUAUAGAAGCAGUGCUGUAGAAUACAGACUGUAGCAUAGACAGCAUGUUACUUGCAAGUUACUUUUUUUUUUCCAGUAGGGUGAGAAUAUGUAUAUAGAACAAACAUUUUUGAGACUGUAGGAAAAUGUUUCGCAGAAACUUGAAUCUGGCUUUUAAUUAGUACCAUUUUUGUUAUACAUUUUUAUUAUUUAUGUUUUGUGCCAUGUUUCUUUGGUUUUCACCAAAUGACCUUACCUGUUAUGGAUUCUGUGUUUGUCUCUGUUUACAGACAUGUAUUUAUUAUGUUGUACAUAUUGUAAUGUUUGUUGUAAAUGAUAACCAGUUCUUACUCCAUCAUCCCUAAUGGCGAUGGUGUUGCUGUAUUUGGUAACCUCUUGUUGAGAGAAUGUUUAUAGAUGUUAUACAGUGUAAAAAAAGCUAUUCUCUAACGACAAUGGAAAACCAGUCACCUUCGAGCUUGUUUAGGGAGAACCAGGGGAAAGCCAAACAAUCUGAAAAGACGCCACUGGUGUUUGGCCCCAGGGCUGUGCCUUAACUUAAAACCACGUCUUUUAUUUGUCUGUCCGUGCGCGUUGCUCCUCGCUCUUCUCCGCUAGAGAGCGGCAACUGUCGACCCAUUCGCUAUCCGAACACCAGGACAUAGUGCGACGCUCUAACGCAGAAGCUGUACUUCGGUACUCUGGCGGGAUUUGGAACGGCUCAGACGUGGCACUCGGUACACGUGGAUGCAAUAGACAUGCGCAUUAAUCCACACGGUGCGCGAGGCUGGCAGCGAGACCUGCAGCGCUUCACACGCGCACGGAGUCACUGGCGUAUGGUCACGCUGUUGCAGAAUUCCGUCAGCUAGUGCCUGCUAUCAUCUCAUCCAGCCUAGUAGGUGUGCAUGUGCACUAAACGACAAGUUCCUUAGAGUUUGUAUGUUAAGAGAACCUAUUUUCUGACACGCAUACUGUAGAUUUGAACAGCCCUGGACCAAAGCCAAUCGUGGCUAUUAUUAUUGGUGGUAUUGUAUUUUUUUUCAGUGUCAUUAAAGGUACACAUAAACUGGUACUUUAAGUUUUGAUUUCAUUAGGUUGCCUUUCAAUGACGUUAAGCUUUUUACACUUCACUGGACACUCUUACCGAUAUUUGACAGUACUGUAGAACUUGCUCCAAUCAGUUAAAAAUAACACAAUUUAAAGAGAGAAAGAGAACAUUUUUAUAUGCAACAUCAAUAAAGCAUGGGUUGAAUCUGC